AUGCUAAUCAUCCUGUGUUUGAGGACACAAGUGCGUUUAGGUGAAGUAAAAAGUGAAACUGAUUUAAAAAUCUAUCUAUCUAUCUAUCUAUCUAUCUAUCUAUCUAUCUAUCAUACACGAUUCAAAUCUAUCGUCCUCAAUUCCCAUCUAUCUAUCUAUCUAUCUAUCUAUCUAUCUAUCUAUCAUACACUAUUCAAAUCUAUCUUCCUCAAUUCCAAUCUAUCUAUCUAUCUAUCUAUCUAUCUAUCAUACACUAUUCAAAUCUAUCUUCCUCAAUUCCCAUCUAUCUAUCUAUCUAUCUAUCUAUCUAUCUAUCUAUCUAUCUAUCUAUCUAUCAUACACUAUUCAAAUCUAUCUUCCUCAAUUCCCAUCUAUCUAUCUAUCAUACACUAUUCAAAUAUAUCUUCCUCAAUUCCCAUCUAUGUAUCUAUCAUACACUAUUCAAAUCUAUUUUACUCAAUUCCCAUCUAUCUAUCUAUCUAUCUAUCUAUCUAUCUAUCUAUCUAUCUAUAUAUAUAUAUAUAUAUCUAUCUAUCUAUCUAUCAUACUCUAUUCAAAUCUAUCUUCCUCAAUUCCCAUCUAUCUAUCAUACACUAUUCAAUUCUAUUUUACUCAGUUCAUAUCUAUUUUAAUCUAUCUUACACAGUUCAAUUCUAUCUUCUUCACAUCUAUCUAUCUAUCUAUCUAUCUAUCUAUCUAUCUAUCUUACACUAUUCAAAUCUACCUUCCUCAGUUCAUAUCUAUCUAUCUAUCUAUCUAUCUAUCUAUCUAUCUAUCUAUCUAUCUAUCAACCCUUUCAUCAACACUCCAACGAACAACAAAGGCUGUCAACAGAGAGAUACGACGAUAUGUGGCCUGUCAGGCUAUCUUCUCAAUAUGAAGCAAGGGCUCAGAGCUAGAGACUUGGGAAAACGACAUCUACGUAGAACCGGAGAUCACUUAGCCGGGAAUUUUUUCUCCCGUAGUGACACUGGAAAAAUACUAACUUGCUUCGUGCUGGCUUCGUUCGCCAUCGGCGGACCCCCAAUAGCCGACAUUUUUCGUUUGAGAUGCCGUGCCAAAAUACGCACUCACACACCCACACAUAGAAAUGGAUCUAUCUAUCUAUCUAUCUAUCUAUCUAUCUAUCUAUCUAUCUAUCUAUCUAUCUAA